CUUGUUGAUCCGCGAUUGAAUGUCCGUAUUGCUGCCCACGAGAUGGCACACGCCCUGGGAUUCAAUAUCCCCUCAAUGAAACAGAAGGGUGUGUUGACCCAAGCCAAUAUCCGUGGCAAGAAUCGUAUGGUGGUGAGUUCCAAGAUGACGAAGGAAAAGGCGCAGGGGCACUACGGUUGCCCUAGUCUCCCGGGUAUGGAGCUGGAUAACGAUGAUGAGACUGAUGAUAACGGAAUACAUCCCCACUGGACGCGGCGUGUCGCGCACGACGAGUUAAUGGCCCCGAGAGAAGAAGAAGGGGUCGAAAUAUACUAUACAGCAUUAACAAUGCCUUUUAGGACCUGGGUUGCCUAUAAGUAA